AAAUAUUUACAUUGUUCUUUGUUGACUUUGUUUACUCGGGUUUUUGUGUUUGAAAGUAAACAAUGCCUUUAUCAAAGAAAGCUAAAGCUAAGAAAGCAUUCUGGAACCGCAUUAAGAGUGAUCUGCAUGCAGAAACAGGUGAAGCAGCUGCAAGUUCCUGUCCUGAGAGCACUCAGCAAACAUCAAUGUCUGCAGAAGUUCCAGCCCAGACUUCAUAUUGCCCAGGUGAAGGUCCAAAACCACCAAAGGUGUUCUGUGACGAAUUACAUGCUAAAGGUGAGAGUUCUAAAAUGCCCAGUCUGUCAGUCCAGAAGGUAACUACAGAUGUGACAAAGUCAGGAGCUGACCAUGGUGCUGAAGGAUGUUCUCGUGCAGACCCUGACAUGAACCCUCAGCCAUCAGUAACUGUUGUCAGAGCAACCACAAGUCAGGCCUCAAAUAGGUUUGGAAAAAAUGCGAAUAAGCAGUGUGUGGCCAACAGCCUGAUGUUUCUUUCAUUUCUGUUUGAGGAUGAGAACAUCACCACUUCAGACCUGGACUCUGUUCUGGACAAAGGUAAUGAGGUGUACAUCCAGGCCAAACAAAGGUAUCCAAACAGCAAUCCAUUCCUGGCUACAGAUGAACUUCCUCAUGAGGUCAGUGCUCGCAGAUGUGAUUACCAGGUAGACAGAUCACAGUUGCCCAUAAAUGGAAAAUUCGGAGGAACCCAACACUAUCCAAGUCUGGAGGAACAACUGAACCGUCUGACUGCAGAUGUACAGUAUGCUAUUGUCAUCAUGGCAUCUUUGGGUUUUGCUGUUUUCAGAACAAGGUCUGGUAGAUACGAUUACUUUGACCCCCAUGCUCGUUGUGUUCAAGGACUGCCAGUCGGAGGUGCGCCCUCUGCUGGAGGCACUUCCAUAAUGCUGACAUUCACCAGUUUGAGAGACAUGAUUGACAGAAUCUCUAUCAGCUUUGCUAUUAUGGGAAUAUCCCCUAAAACUGACUAUGAGCUGCAACCUGUGAUGUUUCACAGUAUGAACAGAGGAAUUUUGAGAAAUCUAAUGGCACAAACAUCCAUGAAUAAACAGAAUCAGACACAUGAUGCCGCCAAUUUGUCUAAAAGUGGUUCAGAACAUAUUUCAGCUCAGCCUCUCAUCGAAGAACAUGCGACUUUAUCUAAAAACUCAUCUGUGAACAGAUCUGCUCAUGUGAUCAACUCUGAACCCAUCUCAGAGAAUCUUUCUGCUCCUGUUGUGACAUCUGACAGACAAGAAAAGGUACAAUUCACUGAAAACCAAAAUCAUCAUGAACCACCAACUUUAACUCAUAAUUCUGUACCACCGAGCACCUCUGACACACAUACUGUCAGUGCUUUUUCCACAUCUACAUUACAAGGAAUCUCAUGCAAACUGACAAAACUGAGUAAACAUAGCAGGAAAAAGAUGCAGAGAAGAUUAAUGAAGUCAGUUAAGACUCCACAAAGAAAAGAGAACCAAAAACAAAAAGAGAGGCAAAAGUAUGCUUCUGAUGAAAGCUAUCAAGCUAGUAAAAAAUCAUACUCAAGAGAAAGAUACCACAGCAACACUGAUACUUGGCUUAAAAAGGUUUUAAGCAACACAAAGUGGUACAAAGACCAUGCUGAGCUUGUUAAGGAGAAAAAUAAAGCUUACAGUAGAAAAUCCUAUCACGCAAACAAAUCCUUCAGGGAAAAGCACAAAUUCCACAUGAAACAGUAUGUUUCUAAACUUUACUCUCACGAUAAGGAAUUUCA